GCUCCCUGCGAGGGUCGCAGUGUACGCGCGUGCGUGGGCGGGAGUGCGCCGUCGCUCCUUUCCUUUCUCUCAAUUUUCUCUCUCUCGCCCCCCGCCGUUCCCUAGUCGGCGCUUGCGCAGAAGACUCGGCGCGGAGGUGGCCGAGUUGGCGGGAGGGGCCCGGGUGAGCGCAUGAAGGGCUGCUGGCCGAGGGCAUACCCCACCCAGCUUUUGAGUGAGGCCUCGAAUGAGAAACAAGCCCCAACAGAGGGCAGGGCCCAGGCCUGGGAGGCCGCGCGCGUCCAGAUUGUCUAAAGCCACAGGGACAAAAUGGUGGAAAAUUCACCGUCACCAUUGCCAGAAAGAGCGAUUUAUGGCUUUGUGCUUUUUUUAAGCUCCCAAUUUGGCUUCAUACUAUAUCUUGUAUGGGCUUUUAUUCCUGAAUCUUGGCUAAACUCCUUAGGCUUAACCUACUGGCCUCAAAAAUACUGGGCAGUCGCGUUACCUGUCUACCUCCUUAUUACAAUAGUAAUCGGGUAUGUACUCUUAUUUGGAGUUAACAUGAUGAGCACCUCUCCACUUGAUUCCAUUCACACGAUCACAGAUAACUAUGCUAAAAACCAACAGCAGAAGAAAUACCAAGAAGAAGCCAUCCCAGCAUUAAGAGAUAUUCCUAUUAGUGAAGUAAACCAAAUGUUCUUUCUUGCAGCCAAAGAACUUUACACCAAAAACUGAGCUGCAUACAGACAUACUAAUGCCAAGCAUUUAUUUAUAAAUUCUUAACAUACUAGUUCUGACCAUUAUUUUAAUUAUCUCUUAUUAAUAACCAGUAUUGAGAUGGAAAAAAAGUAAAUUGAACUUCUCUUAGAUUUUUUUAAGUUCCAUUAAUAUUGUAAAUGUUCUAAAAUAUUAGUUACUAAUGAACAGAAUACAUAAAAUACUGCAUUGCUAUACACCAGAUUUUUUAUAAAAUGUCAGUAUAAGCAAGGUAUCCCUCCUCCUAUUUGCCUUUAAAACAAAAAAAACCAAACCCGCUGCCAUCAAGUCAAUUCCGACUCAUAGCGACCCUAUAGGGCAGAGUAGAACUGCCCCUAGAGUUUCCAAGGAGUGCCUGGUGGAUUAGAACUGCUGACCUUUUGGUUAGCAGCUGUAGCACUUAACCACUAUGCCCCCAGGUUUGCCUUUAGAGGGCCAGAAUUCAAACUCUCAAAUGUGAGGAAAAGGUACAUUUAAUAUUUAUUGUCCUUGCCAUGAGAUUCAUAUUUAAAGAAACAAACAAUUAUUUACUGAGCACUUCUCUGUGCCAGGUAUCUUUCUAGGCGCUGGGGAUGUAGUAAUGACAAGAUUCUCAAAGAGCUUACAUUUUAGAGGCAAGUUGAGACUGACUAAGCAAAUAAACAAGGAAAACAUCAUAUGUGAUAAGUGCUCUGCAGAGAGUUAAAAUACCACAAUGUUCUAGAAGAUAAAGGGAUUACUACUUGACAUUAGGUUGAGAUUUGAAUAGCUAAAAAAGGCGGCCAGUCAUAAAAGAUUAGAGGGGCAGGCUGAGCUACUGGUAUGAAGCAAACAGACAAAGACCUUGAGGUGGGGAAGAACUUGGUGUGUCCUAGAAACAGAGAGAAGGCUAGCGGUGGGCCUAGUGCAUGCUGAGCGAGCAGGAAUGUGGUCUGAGGUGAUCCUGGAGAGGGAGGGCCUGGGUCAGGAAUGUGGUCUGAGGUGAUCUAGAGGGGCAGGGUCUGGGUCAGGAAGGCUUGAUAAGCCAGGAUAGGACAUUUGGAUUUAAGUGUAAGUGUGAUGAGCUUGAAGUACUUUAGGUUCAGAGCUGUUGGGAGGCUUAAGGAAGGGAGUGGCAUAGCCUGAUUUCUGUUUUUAAAAGGGCACUCGGGCUGCUGGGUGGAGAAUGGAUUGGGAGCAAGGCUUGGGAAUAGGGCAAAAGUGGAAAUAAGGAGACCAGUUAGGAGUCUGUUGCAUUAGUCCAGGCAAGAAAUUAUUGCAACUUAGACCAGAAUCAUAGCAGUGGAGAAGUGGAUAGCUUUAGGGCCUUUGUUGGAGACACAGCUAACUGACUGGGUAGAUGGAUAUGAUUGUGCAGGGUAGGUAGGGCUGCUGUUGGUAGGUGCCGUCAAGUCAGUUUUUGACUUGUAGCAACCCACGUCAAAACCCAUGCCAGGAGAUCUGGAAGACAGCUACCUGGCCAACCAACUGGAAGAGAUCCAUAUUUAUGCCUGUCCAAAGGAAGGUGAUCCAGCAGAAUGCGGAAAUUUUAGAACAAUAUCAUACAAAAGUAAAAUUUUGCUGAAGAUCAUUCAAAGGUGGUUACAGCAGUACAUCGACGGGGAACUGCCGGAAAUUCAAGCCAGAUUGAGAAGAGGCUGUGGAACCAGGGAAAUCGUUGUUGAUGUCAGAUGAAUCCUGGCUAAAAGCAAAGAAUACUAGAAAGAUGUUUACCUGUGUUUCAUUGACCCUGCAAAGUGAUUCAACUGUGUGGAUCAUAAUAAAUUAUGGAUAGAGUAGAGGGUCAGUGAAAGAGAGGAUGACCUUUAACAAGAUGCAUUGUCACAGAGGCUACAACACUGGGCUCAAGCGUAACGACUAUCGUAAGAAUGGCACAGGACCAGGCAAUGUUUCAUUCUAAUGUACCUGGGAUCAUUAUGAGUUGGAACUGACUGGGCGGCACCUAACAACAACAAUUGCUACAAAAAUGGUUUUGGCCGAGCAGAGUCACUGAAAGGGUCUCCACACCACCUUUUGAGAAGGACUGUUGGUUAGCAGACCUCAGCCAGCAUCAGUAUGUGUGUGGUGAACUAGGGUGAAAUAGACUGUAUCAGACUGCACUGCACUCGGUAAGGGUAUUUUUGUUGAACACCUCUUGUGCAUCACUUCAGAUCCUGUCAGCUUCUUUUCUUACUCCAGCCACUGAUGACGCAGCAAGUUCCAUGCAAGCUUUGAGAAGAUUUACAUAGGUGCCACAGGACACGGCCUCUCGGGGGCCCAUAUGUGUGCACUCUGGAAGAAGGGGAAGUUAAUACCAUAGGGCCACCCGAAACCCCACCAUGGGUGCAGGAGUCAGUGGAUCACUGUGUCCCCAUUUCAUCUCUCAAGCAGACGGUUCUGUGCUUCAUGAACUCUUCUGAAGGCCUAGUGGAAUUGAGCUGCAGUCACCAUGGCAACCGUGAAGUCAGUAAUGCAUGCCUGUAUUGUCUUUCUCUGGUCUGCUCCCCUGCCUGCUCCCUAGGGUUGCUUUCCAAAUGAGCUGCUUCCACACAAGCCUUUUGUCAUGGGCUCUGUUGUCAGGAACACAAGCAAAGAUGUUUUUAUUUUGGAAGAUUUUUUUUCUUCAGGUGUAUGUGUAUGUGUGUGUUUACAGGGCCAUGAUGUAUAAUGCAUUUCCCUGCUGUGUGUCCUAAUUUAUGAAAAACGCUUGAAAGACUGUUUUCCAGUGAGCCCAAAUAAAAAAUGUCGGUAAUAAAAAAAAA